AUGGAGAACCCAGAAGUAAUGAGGGCGACGGUGGACCAUGUGGGCGACCUCCAAUUACCAUAUCUGCCGCUACCAUCGAGGGAUUUCCCAAUGCAUUACCGCGAGAAGCUGGAGCAGGCUCGCAGAAGACACAGACAGACCAAGUCAUCCGCCGGCCUGGAUUCGGGGCUAGAUUUUGAGCCAGAAGGAACAACAAUUCUCUGGAGGAUAUUUGGGCGCAAAGUAACGCGCCACCGGGGGAACAUUGUCAAGAAGAUUGGCACCCGGGUAUUACUGUCCGAAGCCACGGCGCUCCAGGUGGCCGAGGAGAUCCGCCUCCCGGUGCCUCACGUCUACACGGCAAAGAACGUGAGCGGCAAGAACUGCAUCAUCAUGGACUUCAUAGAGGGCGACACGCUCGACAAGCUCUGGCUCAAGAUGACGAGGGCGGAGAAGAGGGACAUGGCACAGCAGCUACGGCAGAUCAUCGACAGGAUGCGGUCGGUCCAGUCGCCGCCGAACCUGAUAGGGGGAUGCGACGGCAUGGAAAUCAGGGACUCGCGAGACCUCGCAACGCGUCUUGCCCCGGCGUGCACGGAUGAGGAUGAGUUCAACUCGUACCUCCUCUCGGUCGUGCCGAAGCAGACACCUCCGCACGUCGUCAAGGCGUUCAAGAAUCGGUUGAAGACGACACACAGGAUAGUGCUCUCCCACUGCGAUUUGUCGCUCAGCAACAUCAUCGUCAAGGACGGCAAGGUGCAGGGCUUGAUCGACUGGGAGAUGGCGGGCUGGUACCCGGAGUAUUGGGAGUACGUCAAAUUCUCGCAGGGCGGGAUUGGGGAAGCCGAAGAGGAUUGGAGGACAUAUGCGGGCGACAUCUUUUCACAAUCGUACCCGGACGAGCUCGUGGACUACAUUGCAUUAUCUGGGUGGCAGAGGCCGUCGUCAUAA